AGGUGGCACAUUAAUGGAGCGCCUCUACGGGGGUCUUUUCUGCUCAUGUCACUACAUAAAACUAUCAGAUGCUUAGAGGAAGGCCAUGGAGGCGUACGCUUAGCUAGACGCAUCAAGGACGGCAGAAGAAGUCUAUUCAAAGUCUGCUAGCGGGACAAGCUGACUUGUUUUGCCAGAAAGAUUUGGCGCAGCUGUGGCUCCAUAAAUGUGCUCGCUCCGCACGCUGCGUAAGGCGCUCGCACUGGCUGUUUUACGCACGGCGAGGCUGCAACUUCCCUCCACGCGCGUUUUCAUGUCGAGCGGCGAGCUGUUGACAAGGAACUAAGGGAGACCCGAUCACCGUUCCUCUCGGCGCCUCUCAUCCAAACACCGUCGAGGAUGCCUCGUCCGGGGAGAAACACGUACAGCGACCAGAAGCCUCCCUACUCCUACAUCUCCCUGACGGCCAUGGCGAUCCAAAGCUGUCCCGAGAAGAUGCUGCCCCUCAGUGAAAUCUACAAGUUCAUCAUGGAUCGCUUCCCGUACUACAGGGAAAACACUCAGCGGUGGCAAAACUCUCUGCGCCACAACCUGUCUUUCAACGACUGUUUCAUCAAGAUCCCGCGGCGCCCAGACCAGCCAGGUAAGGGCAGUUUCUGGGCUCUGCACCCAAACUGCGGGGACAUGUUCGAGAACGGAAGUUUCCUAAGACGCAGGAAAAGGUUUAAGGUGCUGGCCGCCUCUGACACUUUGAUCCCCACCAAGCAGUCGGAUGCUGCGCACUACCUCCAGCAGCAAGCCAAACUCAGACUGAGCGCGCUGGCGGCCACCGGCACACACCUGCCCCAGAUGUCCACCUACAACCUCGGAGUUUCCCAGUCGACCACCUUCAAGCACCCGUUUGCCAUCGAGAACAUCAUCGCCAGAGAGUACAAAGUCCCAGGGAGCCUGGCGUUCUCCACCAUGCAGUCCAUGUCUGCCGGCUACCCGCUGCACAACCAGCUGACGACAGCCUGGCCUCACAUGUACAACAGCAGCGUGAUUGACACCGCAGCCCCGAUCUCCAUGGCGAGCAGCGACUACAGUGCCUACGGCGUGCCCAUCAAGUCCCUGUGCCACGGGGGCCAGUCCCUGCCGGCCAUCCCGGUGCCGAUCAAGCCCACGCCGACAUCCAUGGCGGGGUUCUCCGCGCUCCCAGCCCACAUCCCCACCUUCCUAUCGAACUCUCCUCAGUCUCUGAGCCCGACGUCCCCACAGACAGCGACGAGCCAAAGCAGCCCCGCAACUCCGAGCGAGACUCUGACGAGCUCCUCCGCGCUGCAGUCCGUGGCCGUGCAUUGACCUUCUGCAGGCCGGCUCCUCCAAAUAAAACCCAAAGUUUUUCCUUUUCUUUUUUUAAUUAUUUUUCAGUCGGAAACUAUCAAGGCGAGUUGCUGGUUUAUUUGUGUUAAAUGUGUCGCUUUAAAUGGUGUCAGCACAGCGAAAGAAUUGCUCUUGAAAAAGUAUAAAUUAUUUGGACAAGUCUUAUUUUUCCACCUUAUUGUGAAAGGAGAAAAGCGUUUCUGUGGGACCCCUCGACUCCACUGGAGUGAUGAUACCAAAUAGGAUUUCAAUCUGUCAUCCUGUAUAGAAAAAAGACGCAAACUCACCUAUUAAAUAUUUUCAAAAUAAGGGAAAAAAAUAGACGUUCUCAUAAUGCAAGAUGUGAAUAAUAUUGCAAACAUGUUGUAAGAUGCACUUUUUAGUUCCUAUAUAUUUUGCAGAAAUUGUUCUGUGACGCGUUUAAUUUAAAGAAGAAGAAGAAGAAGAAGCUGUGGUGGUGUGUAUCAGAUGCUGUACAUUUGUAUUUUUUUUUUAGGUAAGGCAUGCGUUUGGAAUUUUGUGUUGUUCUAUUGCUGUUGUUGUUGUUUUUGUUGUUGUUGCUGUUGUUUCUUUAUCUUGUUCUUUUGCAAGCAUGCGUGCUUUGGAAAAGUGUGCAAAACAAUUGAACAAAAAAUGCUCAUCGAAAUAUUAUUUUUUCCCAUUAAAAGUGACGUAAGCAAUCAAAUGUUUCUGUAUAGUUGAUUUAAUUUUUUUAAAUAAUAAUAAUUAUUGGAUCUUAAUAAUAAUAUAAUAUGUGAGCUGUUAGAAUGAAUGGGAGUUGUGGGUGAGUUUCAUUAGGAUGCAGGGAGCUGCGAUGCUCUGCUCACAGCGCGCACAAGCAGCCUCAUUCAUGCGUAAAACUCGGUUAGGCCAAACAACAAACACACAGAGAAAACACACUUUAAAUUUAAAAGAUACUCUUACAUUUAUUUGUUGUAUUUUCCCCCCUAUUUAUUCCUUAAAAAUAAUCAUUCUCCUUUUUAUAAUUCAAUUUUUUAGGACUUUUACGCAACAGGUUGAUUAGAAAAUACAAUUUUCCCCUGAAAUUAUUUUAAUCUAAAAAAUAAAAUAAAAUAAAACAAAAAGAUGUAUAGUUGGUUUAGACAGAAAAAGCAACAACAACAACCUCUUUCGGGGCAUUAAACAAACACACUGGGAUUCCGUCACUUUCUACAAUCGAGUAGAUCAAAUAAAGGGGGUCUCGGGCCACUUUAUUCUCCCCCAUUCACUCGUAUUGAAAGUGCAAAGAAUGGUAAACUUCGACUGGGCCACCAAUGUAGAUUUAGCCUUUUUUCAGCAAGACAAAAAGGCUGAUUUUUCACAAACACAUUGCUGACUGGGGAACUAGGAAACGAGCCGCUGGACCCUGUUGGAAUUUAAAUCCACCCCUCCCCCCCGAAGGACUAUUUGUACAACAGUCCAUAUUCGCCCCCCCACUUUGUGCAUGUUUCAAUUUUAAAAUCCCCGCAAAAUAGAAUCAAUACUUAUAUAGCGAAGAAACUCUUAUUUUGUAAACAAAUUUAUUUAAAACUUAAGGAUAAUUGAGUUUAAAAAUUAGGGGUUUGCAUAUUGUUGAUUAUAUUUGAAUGCACUUUAUUUUUUCUUUAAAUUUAUUACAUUUUAGAAAGGCAAAAAAAUGUUUUUUUUUUAGAUUUCUCAUAUUUACAGACUUUUAUUUUGAAAUGUGGCCUCUUGUAUAAAAUCAGCAAAAUAUUUCAAUGAUAAUCAAUAUUAUAAACUUAUUUAAUGUAAUUUUUUUAAUAAAGAUAUAUAUUUUAAUUAAACAAGCAAAAUAAACCAAUUUUUAAAAUUUGAACAAAUUAUUGGAAAAAUUGAACUUUUAAAACUAGUAAAAAAUGGACAUUCCUCUUUUUCUUUUUCUAGAGGAUCUUGUUUGAAAAAAUAUGAUCCCCCAUAUUUAAGAAUAUAUAUGUAUAUUUUCCCAGCAUCCUUUCUGCAAACUGAGCCCACACUGUCCUUGCUCUUUCAACUAUCACACUUAGACAAAGAAGAAGGUCAUCUUGAGCAGGCGAGGGAUGAAAUAUAGACCACAUGCAAAAAAAAAAAAAAAAAACUAGUGUUGUAGUUUAAUUAAAAUAAUUCAUUAAAGUGGAAGCCCAAGGUAAUUAGCAUGUAUAAUUUAUGAUUUGCUUAAUGCAUGCAGGCGGUGGCCUCCGCAGUAAACUCAACUUAACCUCGAGUGGGGAACUGACACGGACAGGGUGCUGUUAUUUACUGUGUGUUUGCUGUUUGGUGUAAGCAAGCAAGUGUACCUUCAAAAACCACGGCCGCUUUCUGGCUCCCACUGUACACAAACAACUCCUUAUUUAUGAGGAAAUCUGGAAGAUUUAUGCUCACUCAGACAAAAUGCUGUCUGGAUUUGCUUCAGGCGAGAAAAAGAAAUACCGGGAUUUAAUGUCACAUUUUUCCUUUUUUUUAAUUCGUUUUGCAUAUUUAUUUAUUUGGUAUUUUUAUAUUGUCGGUGAUCCAGCUGGCCACUUUCAGGGGAACAUGGUUUAUGCAACCUGUCUGAGCUGACAGAAUGAGGACGAACACCACAAGGUAGCUCGGAGCUCACGGCGGCCUGUCAGCGCUGACUUUUAGAGUUAGCAAAGUAAUCAGCUUUGGACAAAAUUCACAUUAAUUAUACUCUGCAAACGUGUCAAUCCCUGACAAGCAUUUGGCAUUUUCAAACAUGGCUAGCGGAUGGAUUUUAGAGGUUUUUUUUUUUUUAAAUGCAAGCACUUGUAGUCUUGAACAAACAACAAAGGAAAGCAAAUAUUUUCCGAUGAAGCCGUACCACGGUAAACAGAUGUGUUUUUACAGGUAAACAGAGAAAGUUGAGGCUCUCCUGAAGAAAGAAAAGAGGAAACUUUGAUUUAAAAAUGUCCUCAAAUAAAAUAAUAUUAUUUACAGCAGAAAAAAAAACAAUAAUUUCCUUGCAAUUGUCAUAUUGUGAUUUAUGCAUGUCAUCAUUAUACCCUAAACACUAAAAUCAUUGGUGCCAGUGUGUCACUCUCGGGCUAAAUACAUUACACGGCUGUGGCCGAGGGCAAAGGGCAGGUAGAGUGGGCAGCUGGAGGGGAGGCGGGGGAACAGCAACCACGCUGAAAGCUGCCUCAGACAAACACCCAUGUGUGCAUGAAAUUAGAGUGUCAACAUCUGAUUCAUGCAGCAGGGUGGUGACUGUGAAACAAAUUAUGUCAGUGGGUGGCAGCAGCAAAAUUCCACUGACUGAGCUGCAGCGGGCA